ACGAGUCCGUGUUUACAUUUUUGUGUAUUUAUUGAUUUUUGUGCUGGAGAUAAAAACAUAGUUUUCACACGAUUUCCUUCUGUGAUCAGUAAGAAUGUCUGAAGAAACAAUUUCCGGAGAUGUUCCAGCAACCCCUGAACCAGGAAAUACAGCAGAAACAGAAAAAGCUGAAGAGAAAGUCGAAACUAAAAAUACCAACAAAGUUGACAUCCUCCUGAAUGCCACGGGCAAUGUUCCAAUUAUGAAGAAGAGAAAAUGGGCAGUUGAUCAGGAUAAACAAAUCAGUUGGAUCAUGAAAUUCAUUCACAAAUACCUCAAACUCGAUCCGGAAGAGAAAAUUUUCCUGUACGUCAAUCAGACCUUUGCUCCAUCCCCUGACCAAAUUGUGAAGAAUCUGUAUGAGUGUUAUGGAACAAAUGGCACACUAGUCCUCUAUUAUUGCAAAAGCCAAGCUUGGGGUUAACCCAGUAAAUUUAUUAAAUAAUCUAUACAUUCUGAAACAUUCUAAA